CGCUCCUCCGUUCGCACCCUGGUUGACCCUUCAUUCACAUCGUAAUCAUGAUACCCUAAGAUCAAGGGGCCGAGUGCCACUAUCCGACUGAAGGGGGGUUUUGUGCAAGUGUCCAGCAGUCGUGGUCGUUCACGGUUAACCAAAAAUGAGACUGGGCAGUCGUGUCGGGAAGGCUGCGAUAUACCUCUCGAACAUCCUGUUGAUCCUUUCUCUUCUCAUAUUUGCAAAGGGUUUCUUUCCUCACAAGGCUUUUCUGCCUGGAAUCGCAACAUGGCCCGAAGGAUCCCUGUCCAGAUCGGCUCCAUUCAAUCGGGUCGUGUUCAUGGUCGUCGAUGCUUUACGGAGCGACUUCGUUUACGGCAAUGCAUCUCAUUUCGCCUUUACGCAAAGCCUGAUCAGGUCUGGCGCCGCUCUACCAUUCACAGGCCAUGCAAGCCCUCCAACCAUCACCAUGCCACGAGUGAAAGCCAUCACCACCGGUACAGUGCCGAGCUUCGUGGACCUUGUCCUCAAUUUUGCCGAGUCCGAUACCACAUCGACCCUUAGGGACCAAGACUCAUGGCUUGCUCAAUUGAAAGCGAAAGAUGGCAAACUUGUCAUGUACGGGGACGAUACUUGGCUGCGGCUCUUUCCCGAGUUCUUCCACCGAGCGGACGGGACCACGAGUUUCUUCGUCUCGGACUACACCGAGGUCGACAACAACGUCACAAGGCACAUUCCUUCAGAGCUUGAAUUGGGCGACUGGUCUGCGAUGACCUUGCAUUUUCUCGGGCUCGACCACAUUGGUCACAAAACUGGCCCGAGAGGGCCAAAUAUGCCCGCCAAACAAGCAGAAAUGGAUAGCAUUGUGCAGCGAAUUUAUACUGCAAUGGAAGAGACUGAGCACCUGAAUUCAUGUUUGUUGGUCCUCCUCGGGGACCACGGGAUGAAUGAGGGCGGAAAUCAUGGCGCAUCCUCUCCAGGCGAAGUUUCCACAGCUCUAACGUUCAUAUCACCAAAGUUCAAGUCUGCUUUUGAAGGCCAGCACAGCCCAGUUCACGAUGCAGUCGACUAUAAGUACUACGACAUCGUAGAGCAGUCUGACAUUGUGCCGACUCUAGCUGCACUGCUAGGAUUUCCAAUACCGCAGAAUAACCUCGGUGUAGUCAUUGCGCGGUUACUCGACCUCUGGACUGUUCAGGAAGAUCAAUACAACCUGGUGUACGAGAAUGCCGUGCAGAUCCACACCAUCGCACAAGCUACCUUUCCAGCUGUUUUCGCUCAUACGCCCUCUGGCUGCUCAACGACUGAAGGAGACGAUGCCGAAAUACUCGCCUGUUUAUGGCAGCGCGUCUCUCAUGCACACAUUCACACCUCAGCUCAUCGAGGCUCAAUCUCGGGUCUCAAGGAGUUCUUGUACAAGGCCCAAGAUCUUCUCAGCGGCACAGCGAGUAACUAUGACCUGACCAGCAUGCAAACAGGCAUCGCUUUAUCCGCACUCGCUCUAGGACUAUGCCUUCCCAGCUUCGCCCGUGCCGUCUUCGACUCCGGGGCUGAUGGCAUCAUACUUGUUCUGACUAUGCUCAUCUACGCGAUCACAAUGUUCGCCAGCAGUUACGUCGAGGAAGAGCACCAAUUUUGGUACUGGAUCUUGAGUGCGUGGCUCAUUGUCCUGUUCUGCAAAGAUGCCCGGUACUCGUCUCAAAGGGCGAUUCACGGGCCCUUGGGCUCGGUGCUUGCAUUCCUCCUUCUCCUCGCGAUCCGCCGCUGGCGCCAGACAGGCCAGAAAUACGCCGGCGAGCCCGAUCUGCUCACCAAUCUCGUCACGCCGAAUCCUUGGAUUCUCUGGGUCCUCGUGGUCCUCACGUACGCCGUCCUUUCGCGCAACCUGAGCGGCCGUGCCGUGAAGUGGAUGGGCGCACGACAGAUGGGCCUCCUCCCCGUCCUGGUCUCGAUGUCCGCAUUCCUGUUCAAGAUUGCUUUCACGGCCGCCGACGCACCGGAGUUGUUACAAUCAUUCCCGAUCCUCAAUCCUCUGGUCGUAUUUGUCUCACGAUAUCCGCUGGUCAGUCUGGCUAGAGUCGUCUUUCUCGGACUGGUACAUUUGCUGGGCUGCGCAAUAUAUUACGAGGCGCCGUGGCAGGGUGCAGAAAAUCUCCGCUCAUUCCUCGGCGCCUUCCAGGACGUGGUCUCGAUCUUCCUUAUCACCCAGACACGAACAGUGUAUGUUCCGCUAUACUUGUUCUUUCAUGUUCAAUUGUAUCUAUUUCGACGCGGACGCCAGCACAGUGUCGGUGAGAUAUCUAUUCUUGCACUCCUCUCGCAGUACGCUUCGUUCUUCACCUUCGGUGGCACAAACUCAAUCGCGACGAUAGAUCUGUCGAACGCGUAUAAUGGUGUGAGUGGGUACAACGUCGCUGCGGUGGGCGCCUUGACGUUUGUGAGUAAUUGGGCAGCGCCGAUCUGGUGGGCAUUUGCGGUUUGUCAGUUGUUCAGCGCUGCGCAGUUGAGCAAAGGACGGUUUAUUUUCAUGAUGACCACGCUGGCGACGUUUGCGUGCUUGCAUACGUUGGCGGUUAUGGUGGCGUGUUUGGUGCUGAGGGAGCACUUGUUUAUCUGGACAGUGUUUUCGCCAAAGUAUCUGUACACUGCAGCUUGGGUGGUCGGACAGCAUACUGUUGUGAACAUGUUGGGUGUGGGUAGUCUGCUGCGGAGGAGAAGUGGCUAGAGUAGGGUUAGAGUUUUGGUUGAAUAUAGUCUUGGUACAUGGACGAAACCAAUGGAUUGUCGAG